GCACACGUUAUCUCUGUGUUGUUUGUUCCUUGGACUUGAUCUCAGGCUACAGUAAAGUUCAUAAAUUCCCCGGUUCGGACAAGAGGCAUAAAGAUGACAAAAAUCUUAGGAAUAGAUUUCGCGCCUCUCCACAUUCCGAUGGAGCGUCGCCUCCAGACACUAGCGGUCCAACAAUGGACUCUGUCCUUUUUGUUCCUGGGAUUUGGAUGUUUAUUUUUGAUGAUUUAUUUAUUGUUUACUUCCCUUUACUGGAUUCCCCUAUUAUACUUAGCCUUCUACGUUUACGACAGAAAAAAGUCCGCACGAGGAGGACGUCGUUGCCAGUGGAUACGAGAAUGGGCGGUGUGGAGAUAUUUUCAGAAAUACUUUCCUAUAACUUUGAUAAAAACAGUGGAUCUGGAUCCAAAUAAAAACUAUAUAAUGGGUUUCCAUCCUCAUGGAAUACUCAGUGUCAGUGCUUUUUGCCAUUUUGCUACAGAAGGAUCCGGCUGGAGCAAAACAUUUCCGGGCAUUACGCCAUACUUACUGGUACUUCCAGGCCAUUUUCAGUUUCCUGUGUACAGGGAUUAUUUCAUGGCAGGUGGCGCAGUUGAAGCGACAGCAGAAAGUAUGAAAUUCCUUCUGACGAGACAUGGGACCGGAAAUGCUCUAGGUCUGGUGGUGGGCGGAGCUUUAGAAGCAUUAGAAGCAUUUCCGGGAAAGUUUAAUUUGAAACUUGCAAAGAAAAAAGGUUUUAUCAAAGUGGCAUUGCGAACUGGGGCAUGUUUAGUUCCGAUGUUCUCCUUUGGUGAGCACGAAUUGUUUAUACAAGCAGAGAAUCCUGAGGGAUCCCGACUGAGAAGCCUUCAAAACUGGUUGACGAAAUACACAGGGUUCUCUCCCCCUGUUUUCCACGGAAGAGGAAUGUUCAACUACACAUUUGGUCUAGUUCCCUACAGAAUUCCUGUCUAUACAGUUGUUGGUGCUCCAAUAGAAGUCGAAAAGGAUGAGGAUCCAUCUCAGGAGAAAAUUGAUGCACUCCAUAAAAAGUACUUAGAGGAAUUAGAAAAACUAUUUGAAACUCAUAAAUUAAAAUACGGUGUUCCCGAAGAUAAGCACUUACAUUUUAUAGAGUAAAUUCUACAAUGACCCUGUUCGGGACAACUAGAAAUAAUUUAAUAAUAUACUGCUGGAACUAUAAAUUGUAAAUUUUGCUGACGAUUUUUCAGCCACAAGCAUAUUGAAUACGUAAGCAUCCAUGUUUGUAUAUUUACUCAAAAUGUGUUAUUGAUGUAUAAAAUAUAUGUGAGGUGGUAUUGUUAUAAAAUGUAUGUAAUAAAGCUUAGAAAUAUCUAUUUUCAUACGCAUUGUUUAUAUUUUGGAUAAUAAAAUUGUUAUUGGUUU